AUGGCUCAUGAUUACGGACACGAACACAAGGAAGUUGAGCAUGAUUAUUAUGCCCAUCCCAAAUAUGAAUUCAAAUAUGGCGUUAAGGAUUUGAAAACUGAAGAUAUUAAAGAACAAUGGGAACACAGAGAUGGUGAUAAAGUUUAUGGUGGUUAUCUCCUGAAGGAAGCUGAUGGCACCACACGUGUAGUGAAUUACCACGCUGAUGACCACACUGGUUUCCAUGCUGAUGUCAAAACUAUUGGCGAAGCUAAACAUCCUGAAUCCCAUCAUCACGAGAGUCAUGGACAUUACGGUCAUGCUGAAAGCUUUGUUAAAAUUGAAAAGCACUUAGAAUAA